UAUCCCCGAGAAUUAUCAGGCACCAAAAAGAGAAGAAAAAAAAAAAGAAGCUGUCGACCUCCAUUGAUUUAGCCAUGUUCUGGUUCGAUCUCCUCCUUCUUCCUACGUCUCUUUAAAUUUCCAUCCACCACUCUGCAUGGGUUAGCGAAAUAAAUUCUCUACUCGAUACGAAGCUCUUCAAGCGAAAUCAUGCCGAUUUCCGUGGAUCUUCCCGUUUUCUCCACUCUCCGAGCACCGUUGUUCUCUGGCAUAACCCGUGUGUUUGACGUCCCCUUCUCGGGUCCCAGAGUCUCUGUGGAACCGACAUGUACUACCGCUCGAACUUCGGCGCGUGGGAUUUCGGUGAUGUGCGUGGUGAGGGAUUCGGCACCGUUCGAGGCUCGCGAGAGAGAUGAACCCACAAUUGGAAAUGGUUCCGGGUUUGUUGAAGUCGUCGUUAUCGGGAGUCGACAGGAGUCUAUCAUGGAUUCUUGCUUGGGUUCUCCGUUUCGUUCUCUUCCUCUGCGAUUUUGGAGUAUUGAAAAGAACAAAGCUGGGGAUUUGUUAUUACAUCAGAGGCUCAUUGAAGAUCAUGAUUCAAAAACCAUGAAUCCUGCUCUGCUGCUACAAUCACGUCCAAGGGCCAUCAUCCUUGUGGCUAGUUCUGGGUAUGGUUCUUGUCAGAUUGGUGCUAUUGAUAUUCUUAAUGAAGUAAGAUCUUGGGGUGGAUUAGCUGUUGCUAUUCUGUUAAAACCUUUCAGCUUUGAAGGACGGAGGCGUCUAGCUGAGGUUAACGACUUGGCUGGAAAAUUGCAACAACAUACAAGUUUUCGAAUAGAUAUCGACAUAGAAAUGUUGCUACAGAAGGAUUUGGUAACUUUGGAUGAAGCUCUAAAAAAUGCAAACAAUGCUAUUUCAAUGGCAGUUAAUGCCACUUGUGCUCUCCUAAUUGGGAUGCAUGGACAAUUCAUCGAUGUGAUGCAUAAAGAUCUUAAAGAACUUAAGGCUUCAGAAGUUACAAGAAUUCUUUCAAGCUACAAAGAAGCAAAGGUUGGGUUUGGAGUUGGUCACAACCUUAAGACCUCAAUAUUACGAGCUAUAUAUGACUGCCCUUUCUUUCGCCCUGGUAUAAAGGGUGUAAAUGCCAUCAUAUGUGUCGUGGCUACUUCGGCUCAUCUUCGGAAGAAUGAACUGCAGACAAUUCUUCUAACUUUUCGUCAAACAAUUGAGUACAUGGGAGAUAUUGUAAUAUCUACAGUUCAUGAACCUGAUCUAGAGCGUAAAGUGCUGGUGACAACAUUUUUUAUUCCAAGUUACCCCGAUGAGGUCUUUGAGACGGGCAACAUUAUUUCCAGACUAUUUCCUUUUGUUUUAAGCAUUUUCAAGAGAGAUCAAAAUGAACAGAAACUAGCAAAGGAAAGAUCAUUAGAGGGUAACAAAGUAAAAAGUGUCAAAGGUACUGUGGAAGAUUUUGACGGUUGCUCCGAGGGACUCCAGGAAUUAUCUACAAAUGGUGACAAUGACCCAUAUACGUUGAGUGAGCCUUCAACGAAUGAGUUUGAACCAUCCAGAAAUACUCCAUCUGAUUUACGCGAUGAAGACAACAUAGAAGGCAGAUUAUCCUUUGUAGAUUAUGGUGCUUUCCGGAGGGCGAUUGCCAGUUGGGGUGUGGAUCAAGAAAAUUGGGUUGAACAAAAAAUUCCCCAAAAGUGGGCAGAAGAUCCCGUAGAUACUGCAGUACUUGGUAGCCUGAGUAUUGUUAGCCUUCCUGUUGGGGUGAGAUCUUCAAAUAAUACGAAGAUUAAAACCAGUAACACCAAUUCACUUCAAGAGAUACCCGCGAAGGAUGAUUUGAGAGCCGAAUUGCCGUUUAAUCCUAGUAUCUUGAUGAGAGACUUUAAUGAUACUGCAUCGAACCUUUUAAAUGAGAAAUAUGCUGAUAUUGCAAAGCAAAGAAAUCUUUCUGCUCGGGCAGCAUCUAUGCUGGAAGCUGAAAGAGAUUCACCAAAGAGAUGGAGCCCAAUACUAGAAAUGCAGUACAGAGAAGGACUUUAUAGGGGAAGAUGCCAAGGAGGUCUUCCCGAAGGAAAGGGUCGUUUGGUCCUUGGGGAUGGAAGCAUAUAUGACGGAAUGUGGCAUAAUGGUAAAAGGUCUGGUCUCGGUACAUUCUACUUCAAGAAUGGGGAUGUGUUCCAAGGGACGUGGAGAGAGGAUUUGAUACAUGGCAAGGGUUGGUUUUAUUUUCACAAUGGUGAUCGAUGGUUUGCAAAUUUCUGGAAAGGAAAGGCUAAUGGAGAAGGCCGCUUCUAUUCAAAAUCUGGCGAUAUAUUCUUUGGGCAUUUCAAAGACGGAUGGCGACAUGGGCAUUUCCUCUGUAUAGAUGUGGACGGAACAAGAUACUCUGAAACAUGGGAUGACGGUGUUCUUCUUGCCCGGGAACAAGCUGAUGCUGGAGAUUGAUAAGACCAUCAAACUAUUUGUCCGAAUUUGUUGAAAGAUCAUUCUGGUUUGUACAGUGCAGUGACCUACAACUACAUAAAUUCGCUGAUUUCGUUAUUUUGUUACUUCAACUUUUACUUCAUAGUGAUUUCUUUUUUGUGCCCUUCCCCUUGACAGUGUUUUGUGUUAAGACUGAAGAAAAACUUUUAUCUUUCCAUAUAAGCUUUGUUCUAACAAUAUCUACAGGUUAA